UUGCCAGGAAGCGGGGUAAGGUGACUUCCGUUUCCGCCUCUCCGGGCACGAGGAUCCUGGGAGCCAAGCUGGUGGGAAGAUGCGGCCCUUGACUGAAGAAGAGACCCGAGUCAUGUUUGAGAAGAUUGCGAAAUACAUCGGGGAGAAUCUACAGCUCCUGGUGGACAGACCCGACGGCACCUACUGUUUCCGGCUGCACAACGACCGUGUGUACUAUGUGAGUGAGAUGAUCCUGAAGCUGGCAGCCAACAUCUCCGGGGAUAAGCUAGUGUCACUGGGGACGUGUUUUGGAAAGUUUACCAAGACCCACAAGUUCCGGUUGCACGUUACAGCCCUCGAUUUCCUUGCACCCUAUGCCAAGUAUAAAGUGUGGAUAAAGCCCGGAGCAGAGCAGUCCUUCUUAUAUGGAAACCAUGUGUUGAAAUCCGGUCUGGGUCGAAUCACUGAAAACACUUCUCAGUACCAGGGCGUAGUGGUUUACUCCAUGGCAGACAUUCCUUUGGGUUUUGGGGUAGCAGCAAAGUCUACUCAAGACUGCAGAAAAGUGGACCCCAUGGCAAUUGUGGUGUUUCAUCAGGCAGACAUUGGGGAAUACGUACGGCAUGAAGAGACGUUGACUUAGGAUGGUCAUCCCAAGACCUUUUCGCUGUGUGAGAGGACUUAGCUGUUUCCUGGGUGUGCAAACAUCAUCACGUUGAAUUUGGAGAACACCGAUACAUGCACCUUGGAUUCUUACUCAACAGAAAUGGCUUAAAAAUAGGGUUUCAGGCCCUCUAGAGGCAAAAGCAGGUGGAUCACAAGACCCGCUUGGGCUACCUGGCAAGUUCAAGGCUAGCCUGGGCUACCUAGUGAGACUCUGUCUCAAAAAUCUAAAACAAACAACCCCAAAAGCUGUCAAGUGUUUGUAUAGUAAGUAGUGUUUCUGUUCUCCACCUGCAUGGACUCUGUUUGCUUCAUCAGACUUGGUCUGAUAACGGGUUCUAAGUUACUGCACUGAGGACAGGGGCAGUUUUAUUGUUAUCUGUGAUAACACUCUUUUCUAGCCUAGUAAUAGCAUAUCAGACUUUCUACUAUUUUUUAAAAUAUCAUUAAAGAUAGAAACAGCCAUAUAAAGGUAAGCUAUGCCUGUGAUUUUACAGAUGGAAUUUAGUAAAAAUAAUAGAUGCAACUCAGCCAUUUUUCUUGGUGGUAAGUGGUGUGUGGUGUGGAAGAGCCUAUACUCAAGCCUCAUUCCUACCACCUGCCAGUUGUGUGGUAUUGGACAAGUUUUUCCACUUAGGCUCCAUUUUCUUCCUUUGUUAAAAGGAGGGUGGGGGGAAACAUGAAACUGCUGAGUAUGGUUGUACACAUCUUUAAUUCCAGCACCGGGGAGGCAGAUGGUCUCUGUGGAUUCGAGGCCAGCCUGGUCUACAAAGGGAGUUCCUGGCCAGCCAAAAAAACAAGCUCAAAACCCACAAAACUGGAAAAGCGCCUUUAAUCGUCACUGUAACAGCAGUAUUCAUAAUUAAUGAUUGUAAAGCAUAUAACAUAGGAUCUGGCAAACAGAUGUGAAUAAAUACUGAAAUAUGUUUUUAAAAGGG